AUGGAUAUCAGCUGGGAAUCAACUACAACGACGAAUCGCUAUAUGCUUUUGAAUUGGCAUAUAGCAGCGCAAUCUGAGAUCAGAGAGUUCCGAGCUAAGGUAGGGUGGGUGAAGAUGUCCAAAAAGUCCACCCUCCUUGCAUUAAAUGUGGUAUUUAUAUGGGAGGAAGGAGACACAUGCCGGAUCUCGGCAUGCUUGGUUGCCGAGGAUGAAACCAGACAUCGGCUUGAGAUUCUCCGUAACAGGUCAAAUACUUUUGAUUCCCCUAUUGAAAUCUCUCCUGAUAAGCCUAAUGAUUUAGUCUCUGAUGCUAUUCCGUCUGCUGUGCCUACUAUUUCUGAUAAUGUGAAUGCGUUAAUAUCUAUGAAAUCCUCUGUGUCUGAUGAUUCCCCCUGCAUCCCCUCUACGAAGCCUGAACCUUUGAAGGAAGUUGUUGAUGUUGUGUCUGAUGAGAAUGAUAAACCGUCUGAUCAGUCCAACAAUCUGAGUUUGGUUGUUUACUCUGCUGAUCAAGUUGCUCUGUCCCCUUCUGGAAUUGCUGCAUCUCCAAAAGAACUCUGUCCAUCUGAAAAUCCCACCGGUUUACCCACAGAAAUUGAGGUUGCUGAUCCCUCAAGGUCACAAGUUGAGGGUGUUGUUAAAAAAGAACCAUAUCGUGUGAUUCAUCCUUCUGAGUCGUCUAGUGAAGACGAUAAAUUUCUUGCUGAAGUCUAUGGCUCACAAGCUCCUAUUCGUGAAAUUACAAAUCUGCUUGGAAGUUCCUCUGCUCAUGUUUCUGAUUCCAGCCACUCUGUGUCUCCAAGCCCUUCUGCUCAUUCCCCAUCCAAAGAGACAAGAAAAUCCAAACGGAAGAGUAUCCUUUUGAAAGUGGUUGUGGAAUCUAGUGAUGACAAUCUUGAUGUGGUUCAACCUGAGAAGAAGAGAAAGUCUGAUGAGUCUGUCCAUACUGAAUCUAAUCCUCCUGUGCAACAAGUGUUCAAGACCCCGCGAUCAUCUGUCAAGCAAAAAGCACCUGCUGUGGUUCCUACAUCUUCUACCCGGAAGGGGAAACCAAUUACUCGCUCCAGAGGACAGAGUAUUACGCCUGAGGUUCAACCUACUGAUGCAAAUCCUGAUACAUCCAUCUAUAGACCUCAGUUUGUCUCCUCUACUGCUCAAGGAAAAUGGUCCACGAUGAUCCGGAGAGAUCUUAUUGUUCAGAGGUCUGUUGAUGAACACCAGAUGAAUUCUGUUUGCGACAUCUUGCCAUUGCUGAGUGAAGUGGGCCUGUUGAAGACUGUUUCCUCCAUUUGCCCUUAUUCGAAGCUCCUGACUUAUGAAUUCUACUGUAAUCUUAAUGAGGAGAUUGGCAUCCUGACUGGGCCACGACCAAUGCAAAUCUUCAUUCGAGGUAAAUGGUAUGUCUUCGGCCCUGACAUGAUAAAUGAAUAUUAUGGUUUGAAAGCAGUGCAUGAAGAAGCAAUCACGGACUGGGAUUUGGUGGCAAAGACCCUCACAGGUAGACAAACUGAUUCAUGGCCUACUGGUGAAAAAGAUUAUAUACCUAGCUCACAGCUCACCUCCAAAUAUGUCAUCUUGCAUCAUCUUGCUCUUCACAACUGGCUUCCAUCGGCUCAUUUUCAUACGGUCGGGAAGCAAUUGACAGGUCUCUUGUUUCGGAUUGGAUCAAAAAUGGCUAUUGAUUUGGGGGCCUGGAUUUAUUAUCAUAUACUCACUUUGAUCCAUCCUCGAGAGCAGAAGGAAUGGUUGCCCUUCCCUAAUCUGAUAUUUGGACUUCUAACGACACAGGGCCUUGAGCCAAUGCCUAGUGAGGUGAUCAGUCCGACUCUGCUGUAUACUGUUGAUCCCCGUCUUCUGACUGGAUGUCACAUCCGAGAUGUUACGCCGGUGAUUGCUCCUUCCACGACUGAUGCUGAUACAGUGGCUGAUGAUUCGCCACAUGCGAAAGAUGUCCAACUCUCUCUUCGUCUAAAGGCCCGGCGGGUAUCUAAACUUGAGAUUAUUCAUGGGAUCAUUUCGAAGCAGCUGACAGGAGCCCGUACUAAGUUGGCUACCGUUCUUCUCCGCUUAAGCUUGACUGAAUCUGCUGCUGCUGAUGCUGCUAAGUCUGACAGUGUGAACCACUCCGAUGCUUGA